ACUAUGGGUGCCAUCCUCUCUUCACUGCGCACGAUCUACCUCGGCAUCUGCGUCCUACUAGCCGACUUUGCCGACUCAAAUGCAGACUACAAUGCUCUCCUAGGGCGCAUCUCCGCCCCAAUCCAUCCAAUCAAAAACCCUAGCACCUCAUUCUGGCAACAGCGCCCACCGUUCCCGGAGCUGGUAGACAUCCAAUCGCCCAGUCUGCCAGAUCAUGCGGAUAUCGUGAUCAUCGGAUCAGGCAUCUCCGGUGCAAGUAUUGCAUAUACUCUCCUCACGCAAAGCAGUGCUGAAUCAGACGGCCUCAAGGUUGUACUGCUGGAAGCACGAGAACUUUGCAGUGGUGCAACAGGGAGAAACGGGGGACAUGUCAAAUGUGCCUCGUACUCAGACUAUGCGCUUUUCAAGCGUCGGUUUGGACGGGAGCGAGCAAAGAAGCUGCUUGAGUUUGAGAGGAGGGCGUUGCCUCUGCUGGUUAGCUUCGCACAGGAGAAUGGGUUCGAGGUAGCAGAGGCGAGAAAGGUUGAGACGUUGGAUGUUAUUACUGAUGCUGGAAUGUGGGAGAAAACGAAGAAUAUGGUUCAGGAGCUGAAAGAGGAUGUUCCGGAGGCAGGGAAGGAGGUUGAAGUGUUUGAGCCGGAUGAAGGUUGCGAGAUAUUUGAGCUCAAUAGAGAGCAAUGCUGUGGAGUGAUUAGAUACCCUGCUGGUGCCAUUUGGCCUUAUAGGUUUGUCACCUCGCUGUAUGCACGGCUCUUGUCGGAAUUUGGCUCGCGCUUUUCGAUCGAGACCAAUACGCCUGUUGUGGGCAUCGAGACACGGGAUGAUGUGAUGCCGUUCAUGGUUUCGACUUCUCGGGGAAAGAUCCCAGCAUACCAUGUCAUUCAUGCGACUGACGCUUUUGUGGCCAAUCUCGUCCCAGGCGCGACUGGGAAGCUUUUCCCCAUGCGAGGACAUAUGACGGCCCAAACUCCUGGAGCUGGGCUGUCACGGCUUGAUGGCUCCCGGUCGUGGUCUAUCAUAGGGAAGAGAGGCUUCGAUUAUAUCACCCAGCGACCAAGGCAGGGUGAGGAUGGAGGAGAGCUCAUGGUUGGUGGGGGUGUUGUUCAGUCGCCUAGCAAAGGCAUUGACGAGUUUGGAAUCUGGCGUGACGAUCAGAUGAGCGGUCCUAUCAGCGCAUACCUAGAAGGAAUCAUGCCUGUCACCUUCGGCAGAGAUCGCUGGGGAGAGGACAAAAAUGGCACGCGCAUCAAAGGUGCCUGGGUGGGAUGCAUGGGAUUCACAUGCGACCUUUUACCCCUUGUUGGGAAGCUGGAGCCAGGAUUGACGGUUCGUACUGUUACCUCCCGGAAUGACAAACAAGUUGGACAAUUCAAAGUGCCACCUGCAGAAUGGAUAUCGGCCGGGUUCAACGGGGAAGGCAUGGUACUUGCCUGGCUGUGUGGUGUGGCCGUGGGAUUGAUGGCGUUGGGACUGGACGAGAUGGAUCACGAAGGAGGUCCCGGUAUUCCGCCGGGCAAGGUCAAGGAUUGGUUGCCAGACAUCUUCAUCUGCUCUAAACGUCGGGUGGAGCGAUUUUGUGUGGCUGAGCUUGGGUUGUUGAUGUAGCACAUAUCUACGCUCAGUCAUAGACCCUGGAUCUUAUAGCCACUUUAAAACUUAUAAAUUGCAG